ACAGUUAACACCAUCGAAAUAUGAGUGAUCAGAAUUGGAAGAAAUUACAAGAAGAGUUGAGACGUAGGGCAGCGACAGCCGCCCUGCCUGGACGUGGGCCACCCCGUCCCCCCUUCGCUGCCGCUGCUGGAAUCGGAGGCUUAUUACUUUUGGGUACGGUUAUGUUGGCCCAGAACGCUUUGUUCAAUGUGGAUGGUGGUCAAAGAGCCAUCGUCUAUUCGCGGGUCAACGGUGUCCAGCCUCGGAUCUAUGCCGAAGGAACACACUUCAUAAUGCCCUGGUUGCAAAGACCAAUUGUGUAUGAUGUGAGAGCCAAACCAAGAAAUGUGGCCUCGUUAACUGGUACCAAGGACUUGCAAAUGGUGAAUAUCACUUGUAGAGUGUUGUUCAAGCCUGACGUGUUCCAAUUACCAGAUAUCUACAGAACUUUGGGAGUUGACUAUGAUGAGAAGGUGUUGCCAUCGAUUGUCAACGAGGUGUUGAAGUCGGUGGUGGCUCAAUUUAAUGCCUCUCAAUUGAUCACCCAGAGAGAAAAGGUUUCAAGAUUGGUCAAGGAAAACUUGGUUCGUCGUGCCAAGAAGUUCAACAUAUUAUUGGAUGAUGUGUCGUUGACGUUCAUGACAUUUUCCCCUGAAUUCAGUGCUGCAGUUGAAGCCAAACAAAUUGCCCAACAAGAUGCUCAAAGAGCAGCUUUCGUUGUGGACAAGGCCAUUCAAGAAAAACAACAAUUGGUGGUCAAGGCACAGGGUGAAGCUCAGUCUGCCCAGUUGAUUGGUGAAGCCAUCAAAAAGUCCAAGGACUACGUUGAGUUGAAGAGAUUGGAUACCGCAAGAGAAAUCGCCGGGAUCUUGGCCAACUCUCCCAACAGAAUUAUGUUGGAUAACGACACGUUGUUGUUGAACACGGUCACCGACGGGCGUAAGUAAUUGUCUUGUUCUUCUUUGUAAAUAGUAAUAAAACAUAUCAGCAGAU